AUUCGCAUAGCUUCUGCCGAGGGUCCCGUGACCCACACAGCAUUUGGUUACUACUUACUAAGCAAUAUAAUUCACCCCGUCAAACGAAAUAAAACUUACAUACCGUAGUUUACUUUGUUAAUAAUUUUGAUGUACACAACUAAUUUACCAUUUUCAUAAUAUUUCACAAGCAUUACGCUUACAUUUAUUUGUAUAUACACUUAAUAUUUUGUAUAAGUACUGUUAAGAUAACUUAUAGUUAAAUCGUAUUAAUAACAUAAGAGACUACCGAAAGAAUUUUCUCUACAAACCUAUAUUCAAUCAUGUUUAAAACUGAAUGCGUUGAUAUCAAAACGGAACCGCUUGAUAAUGAAAGCGAUGAUGUGUCGAAUGCGUCGUAUAAAAGUUCGCAUUUGAACAACAAUGCGGAAGUAGCGGAAGUCAAGCAUAUCAAAUCUGUAAAUUACUUCUACCCGGAAAAUCAAGCUAAAUUACUCUUACAAAGUGACAAUACGUAUAAUGAGACAACCUAUGGAAACAUUGGUGGUUUAUAUCCGACGGCAAUGGCAACCGACUCGUUACACAACUUCGACAACGGACACGACGACGACGAUUCCAGCAACACGAGUCUUGACUUGCACGUGUGCCAGUCUGAUAACUGCGAAAAGUCUCUGCUGGGUAGAUUCAAACUAUCCACGUACGACGGCGGUUGCAGUACAGGGCGAAGACAGUGUUGCAACGUCAAGACGUCUCCGAAACUCUACAAGUGCCAACAUUGCAUUAGGGAAUUUCAUCAAAUUGCCAAUCUCAACAGCCAUUUGAAGUACACGCACAAAGCCGACUUUAACCGCUGCGACGAAAAACUCCGGAAUCCCGAAUCGUCCAUGAAGACUAGAGUCGGCAAUAAGUAUCAGUGCAACGUGUGUUCGAAACUAUUGUGUUCAGCCUAUGUACUCACCGAACACAUGCGACUACAUACGGGAGAAAAACCGUAUAAGUGUAAACUGUGUCCAAAGCAGUAUACUAAAUCGUCGACGCUGACCAAUCAUUUGAAAAUAGUACACCGUUUAAUCAAACGGAAUGUCGCCCAGUAUCAUCCGACUUGCAAAGAAAAAAUCUGAUGUCCAAAAACCCCGUGUUUAUAAUAUGGCUGUGUUUAUGUAUUUUUUGUUUCAAUCCUUAUUUCAUUCCCUUUGUUGUGUUUUAGCUCUUUCAAAAUAGGUAUUUUGAAAGAGGAAUAAAUUCGAGACAGCACUAAAAGGUAAAAGGUUGUCCUAUAUUCUGUCCUUUAUCUUCUUUUUCUAUGAACCAAUUCAUAUAUAUCAUUGUAUAAAUUAUUAUAUUAAAAUCAACUUAAUUUAA